CGGUCGGUCAGAGAAAGAGAGGGAGAGCUUGGCGGAGCCGCCGCGCCAGCGCAGAGAGGCACGGAGACGCAGCAGAGAGCAUCAAGGCGACUUCAUCUGGAGACGAAUCAAUUGAGCAACUUCACAAACACGGACACGCUGCUGGUGGAGAGAAUAAAAAACAAUAAAGCAUCGGAGGAGGUGUUGCUUUUCUGCACGGACAUAAAAUGAAAGGGUUACCUGGUUGUAUUUUGGAUUUGGAAUCUUUUAUUACACCGCUGCGACUUUGACACAAGAGUUGCGCAGGCUGAGUCUCUAGGAGUUUUCUGUUGGAGGGAUUUCAGGCACCUCGAAUCAAACUUGAGUUGGACAUCCAGGAACCAGUCAGGGAGUAAGCUACCCACCUACUGCUUUCAUUGGAAAGAAAACACAAAAGCACCACUGCCACCAUGGAUGACGAACAGUGCUACUACAACGAGACCAUCGCCUUCUUCUACAACCGCAGCGGCAAGUACCUUGCUACUGACUGGAACACUGUCAGCAGGCUGGUGAUGGGCCUGGGCAUCACCGUGUGCAUCUUCAUCAUGCUCGCCAACCUUCUGGUGAUGAUCGCCAUCUACGUCAACAGGAGAUUCCACUUCCCCAUCUACUACCUGAUGGCCAACCUGGCAGCUGCUGACUUCUUCGCCGGCCUGGCCUACUUCUACUUGAUGUUCAACACGGGACCCAACACGCGGCGCCUCACUGUUUCCACGUGGCUGCUGCGCCAGGGCUUGAUCGACACCAGCCUAACGGCGUCCGUGGCCAACUUACUGGCCAUCGCCAUCGAGCGCCACAUCACCGUGUUCCGCAUGCAGCUACACACACGGAUGAGUAACCGGCGUGUGGUGGUGGUGAUUGUCAUAAUCUGGACCAUGUCCAUAGUCAUGGGGGCCAUCCCCAGCGUGGGGUGGAACUGUAUCUGUAGCAUUAAGUCUUGCUCCAACAUGGCGCCGCUUUACAGCAACUCCUACCUGGUCUUCUGGGCAGUGUUUAACCUAGUGACUUUUGUCGUCAUGGUGACGCUAUAUGCCCACAUCUUUGUGUAUGUGCGCCAGAGGACCAUGAGGAUGUCGCGGCACAGCUCUGGACCUCGACGCAACCGAGAUACGAUGAUGUCUCUGCUGAAAACCGUGGUGAUUGUACUGGGUGCGUUCAUUGUCUGCUGGACCCCCGGCCUGGUCAUCCUCCUCCUCGACGUCUUCUGUGCCAGCUGCAAUGUCCUCACCUACGAAAAGUUCUUCCUGCUCCUCGCUGAGUUCAACUCGGCCAUGAACCCCAUCAUCUACUCCUACCGCGACAAGGAGAUGAGCGCCACCUUCAGGCAGAUCCUGUGCUGUCAGCGGCAGGAGAACGUCAACGGGACGACGGCAGAGGGGUCUGACCGGUCUGCGUCGUCCAUCAACCACACAGUGCUGAGUGGCGGUAUGCACCACCACCACAACGAACACUCGGUGGUAUAGAACAGGGCUGGAGAUCAUGGAAACUAAUCCAACUGCUUGAGGGGGUUAAUCUGUUUUGGAGACUGAAAGAAGGUAAACGGCAGCACGGGAAGGUCGAGAAAGACUGCGAACAUGAUGCGAACUUGAGACAGUCACGUGAUAAAUUGGAGAGUGAAGAUUAGGUAGAUGGGGUGGAGCUGAUGAGGCGCUGAAUGAGAUCACAAUGAAGAAGAGAAAGGCAACUAUGAAGAAAGAUGACAAGAGACUUUACCGCUGUGGGAGUCUGAUCUUCAAGGACUCUGAUAGGCUGUUAGUGUUUUUGUUUAGUUGUUUAUUAUUUUCUAUUUGUGUUGUUAUGGACAACGCUGAUAUGAACUAUUUAAAAGUAAUCUGUGAAAUGAAGGUAAUGCCAGUACUCCAGUCUACUCUAACUCUGUAUCCUGUAGUCGUGGGUUUCAGACUUUUCCCCCUUGACCCCCAUACUUUAGAAAGGUCUCAUUACAUCAUACGCUUAAUGCAUACAGAUAUGACAUCAGAGUUUCCUUCACAUCCAUUUGAGGACCCAUUUUGGGUCUGAAUCCAAAUUUAAAACACAUUUUUUUCAUUAUUGUUUGGGAGUAAAGACAGUAAUUCAAAUGCAGUUUUGUGCUCAUAACAUGUAACUGAAUGUUAUUUCCAGCAGCCUUUCCUAAUAGCAUUUGCAUCUAUUUCCAGGGUUUAGCGACUUACCAAAAAACAUUGUUGUACCCAUUAUAUUUAAGUUACCAGAGCCACUAUACAUUUCACAUUCAUCUUUUAACGACACGUGACCUGACAGCCUUAAUCCUCUUGGGACUCAUUAUUCUACUUAUCUUAUUCUCGUAGUUAAAAGCGUUCAUAAAUCUACUUCCUUCUUUUCAUCCAACCCAAAUACAUUAAGGGUCCAAGAUCAGUUGUUUAUUCCCUCUAAGGAAUUAGAGACGAGUUGUUCCAGGGAUCUUACCAAAAACGGGAGGAGGAUGUUUUGUGGUUUUGGAGCAGGCUCUGUGCCACAGUGUUAUGUGGAAACAAGGUGAAGGUCGUUUCUGGUGAGCGUUCACAGACUUCAGAUCAUGACAUGAAAUGUGCUGAGCUGUCGGACUCUCGUGGUUUUAUCAAGUGGCUCUUGAGUCCGUGAGGCUGACUGAGGAAGAGCAGGAGGGGGGGUGAGUGAAUGUGAAAGUAUAAUCAGUGUUGAUGUGAAUUUGAGAGAGGUGACGAGGUGGGUCAUUCCGUCUUUUCAGUAUGAACAUGAAGGUUUAAUGUAAUUCACAAAUUCAGUUGGGGCUGCAAACACUGACCUUCAAAUUUCCUUGCAGUCUGUCGAAUAGUUAUAUUUCAGUCGGGACCAAAGAGGUGGACUGAUCCACAGACUAGUAACAUUGCCAAUACAAAUCCAGUUUGUUAUUGGUCAGCAGUGAAAAAUUGUGUCAGAGUUCAGAGUUUGCUUGGAUUUACUUGGUCUACACAAGUGUUCCAAUAUUUUUGUCCAAAAUGUGACUUUGGCCCUGCCUACUAAAUUUAACCCAUAAGCUGCACUUCCAGCUGGUGUGGCUGUUAGCAGGCCAUUAAACGGUCAUAAUCAGGGGUUAUAAGCAUCACAGAUAUGAGUUAAAAGGGGCCUCCCACGCCUACUAUCAAUUCAGGAGGCCAUUACGUUUAUUGUCAGGUGAUGACCUCUUGGCGGCUGUAAUAAUUAUGAUGAGGAAGUCAGGUGACGUAGCGUAAAGACCGAGAAAGUUGGCGUCUGGCAAGAAGGAGUCCAAACUUAGUCCAACCGGACUUAUUUACCAGAGAUGGUUGUGUUCCUAAAGCUAAUCACAUUCUUGUUGCGAGUACACCUAAUAAAAGUUUAAGCAAAACCUAAUGAAACUCCAUUUGUUUCAUAACGUUGGAUAUUAAUGGGCUAAAAACAGCCUUUGAACCCAACAGUAGGUGUGGCAGGCCCGUUCUAACACACAUCCAUGAGGUUACAGACAAUAGAUAACGGCCAUUUAAUGGACUGAUAACAUCUGAAUUGGCUGCCAUUUCAAAUUAGCUUUGAAUAUUGUAAUGAUAUGGUCUUAAAACCCAACAACCUUAAAGUCCAGUGUGCAUCUUUUAUGGCUGUAUUUAAGAAAAAUUACCAUUUUAGAACAUGCUCAUUGACCUUCUUGGAUAUGCUCAUAAAGUUUACUCCUACAGCACCUCAGUCUGACAGGUCUGCUUGGCGUCACAAACACUCUAAGAGGAGUAGAAAAUAUCCUUCAUAUUUACCAGAAAUUGAAUGUUAUGUCCACAGUAACAGUAUUAUUGGUGAUAUGAAGUAAAACCGGAGUCCAGUGAAAAUCUAUGACGUUUUCGUAAGUCAUAAUAUGAGAUGGUUGGGGUUAUGAUUAUUUUGUAACCAGUCUUUAUUUGCAAAUGCUGCAAAACUUCGGACACGUCAUAGCUUUAAAGCUUCCCAGCUGAUUAAGUUGGCACAUAUUACAGAUUGGACUCAUGUCCUGGUCUCAUGUGAAACUUGGUGACAGGCAUAUCAUGGGGUUUCUGAUGUCGAUGAACAUUAAGGAUUUUUGGAAGGCCAUUCUUUUUGAAGGGGAACUGACAACAAUGACGUACCACAGUUUACUCUUCAGGGGAGACACUACAGGUGAAAACUUCAAAAGCAGUAAGAAAAACAGACACACAGCUCACCUUGACGUCUUAGCUUGUCCCUUGUGGUACAAACAGGUAAAUGUUCGCCACAACAUGAAAACGCCCACCUGUACGAUUGUAAGAUUUCUUAAAGAAAUACGCAAUCCAAAAAUCCUGGCACCAGAUUUCCACAUUCGGUGACUACUCUGAGAACAGUUAAAUGCAAAUCUGGACAACCGGACACCUGAGGAGCUCUAAUGAUCUUCACGGCGAAGAAAGUGAGAAUGACAGACGGGAUGCUGCAGGCAUUUAUAAAGGGGGACAGGCUGGCCCGUGCAACUCACGUGGAGCUUCCAUAAUCUGUCAUGCCUGAAGGCACCUCCCAUAGUGAGAUACCUCACUCGGUUAUCAGAGAACCGGGGUUAUCUUGGUAACCCAAAGUUUUACCCUAUUCAUCUGUAGUGUCUUACUUUUGGUCUAAAAAUGUAGGCUAUGGAAUUUUACAAUACAUAUCUUUAAACCUUAUAACAUACAAGCCAAAAAUCUCCACUUAAAUAGCACUUACAUAGACCAAACUAUCCAGAUUUAAUCUUGUACUCUGAAGCUUUUUACAGAGGGGUCUGUUCACAAAAUUAAACAAGGAUUUUAAACCAUGUUUAGAUUUCUGUUCUGGAAAUGUAUGCAGAUAUGCACAUAUUUAAUUUGAUAAUGAAUCUUUUGCAUAUUUAUAUAACAUCUCACAGAACGUGUAGUAUGUGGAAUAUUAGUUUUAAUGUUAUUAAUCUCCUGGGGAAGUUUCAUUUUGAUAUCUAUUAGUUAAGACCUGUAAUGUCUCCCCUUUUGAUAAUACUACAAAGUCAAACAGAGUUGAGCCACUGCAGUGUUGAAUGGCGAUAUCUCAUUUCCACAAGUGCACUCCCCACCCUCUGCUAUUAACUUGAGACUCAACUGAAAGUCAGCCUGGCUCCGAUGCCAUGACGUACGUCGUUAAAAAGCACCAGCUGAACGUUGUGUCGUGACUUGAAUCAAAACACAUUUGGGCCAAAAUACAUAGACAAAGCUCCAAACAGCUGACAGAAACGUGAGAGCUGCGGCCAAAAACACAGUCAAAUGUUUUCCAGGAAGCAAGAUGUUUGUCAGGGAUUUAGGCUGCAGUGAAAUGAAGUCAGCUGGUAUUUUUGCCUGUCGAAGUUGGCCAAGAUGUCGCCCUGUUAUGAGGCAGUGUAGGUUUUUUUAAUCUCUAGUUUGGAUUUUCUUUUCAGCGUACCCUAGCUGUUGAGCGUUCAGAGUGGGUUUCUUAUCGUCUUCGUCCCCAGCUACAUUUUCCUUAUUGUUUUUGGCCUUUAAAUCUCCAAUCUUCCUCCUAACUUAAUUCCUCAAGUUUCGUCUUCGAGUUUAUCCACCCUUCACUUCUGUUAACUUCACAACAGGCCUCACAACACUUCCACUGGCCAAACCUUGUCUCUCUACGGCUCUGGACCCAACCCUCCGUACCCGACAUUCACUGUAACCAUUUCUCUUACACAGUAUUGAUUCAGGUUAUAUAGCAAACCAACUAAACUGUCUGUCUCUGUUUGUCUCUGUUUACCAGUGUGUCACUCUUUGUACACCAUUGUAAGUAUAUGUGUACAGUAUGUGUGUAUAUAAAAAUAUAUUAUUCAAAGUUAAUCACCAAAGGGAAAGUGUUUUUUGUGUUUGUAAAUUUAAGUGUGUUAUAAUCUGUCCAAAUGUACUGUAGGAUUUUGUUUAUUUUGUUUUUAUGUCGUGAGCUCUUUUAUAUUGUGAUCCUAAUUGAUGAGUUUCCUGUAGACACUAUUACAGUUAUUAACUUGUUUGUGACCCAGAACUAGAUAUCUAUGUGUGCGGUGCCUUCCAGUCCUCGUCCUGUAAAGAGUAAACCUAACACCAGGUUGUAACGCAGUGUUUUACCGCCCUCUCUUGUUGAAAAUGUGCCUUGUUGCACCUGUAGCCACACCCAGCAGUGAUGUCACAGUGUCUUGGAGUUCACUGUGACAUCACUGCGGCAAAGUGAGAAGCUUAACCAAUGGAGGCGGGUGAAAACGAGAUCAUCAGGUGGUGUUUUCCUUCUCUUUAAGUGUGUGUGUGUUGCUAACACCGUCGUUUUAUAAUUGCCUUAAAGUACAACAAGAAUUAUUGUCAGUGUUAGAGCGAUAUUUCAUGUUUGCAGAAAGUUUGAUGCUUGAUUUUUGUUAAUAACAACACAUCCUCAAAAACUGCUAAAUGAAGUCAAACUCAUAAAUACAGAUUGUAUAUUUUGAUUCUGUUUGUAGUAUGAGUUUGUAAAAAUAUAAAACUCUUGUUCCAGCUGAAAAUAUUUGAUCGAUGUUUCAGCUUUUUGGGGGCGGGGUCAAAACAAGUUCACCUCAUCUGAUUUGGGGGCACUAAUUGAAAUUUAAUGUAAUCUAUUUUUAAUUUGUCUUUUUGUUUAACAAAGAGACAAAAUUCAUUCUUAUGGGCAACACACACUGGCAGCAUAUGAAGCAUGCGUCAGUCUGCGAUUAUUCAUGCCAGGAUACGCCACUGGCCUUCCUCUCAUUUUCAACACAUUUCCCAUAUUAGCACGGCCAUUGUACUCUGACUACUACUUCAUUUGUCUGUACAACCCCAUCGCCACAAAAAUGUUGGUAUUGUAUGUUUCUGCCAAGCGCAAAUGCGUUACAUUGGCUAACUUGAAACUUUGGUUAGGCUUAGGCACAAAAACCACUUGUGGUGGUUCGGAAAAGAUCACGUUUUGGCUUAAAUACAGGGUUUGGGGGCUCAAUCCCUGCUAAAAACACAGCUAUGUCUAGAUAAAAUACAACUGCUUUUCAUGGCAGUAUCUAUGGUGGAAAAAACGGAACCGGUGGCUAAACAAAUACCCAAGUUUGGUGCCGUAAAAGCCACUGGAAACUCAGCAUUGACUUGAUAAAAGACAACUGGUUUCGUUGGUUUCAAACAGUGGUUUGCCAUAGUCAGAUACCGAGGCCAAAAGCCACCUUUCGUGGUGGUAUGAUUCGUCACUGGGCAGUAUCAGUUUGUUACGCAGAUGGAUGGAACUUCUCGUGGUGUUAUGAUAUGCUGCUAGCUGGCCAGAUGACACCUGUUGCAGCAGUAUAAUAUGCCACAGGACAGCGGCAGUUUGACACGCUGACGAAAUAUAAGGACCUGGAAAUUCCCAAUAGGGAAGGGGUGGGGUGGUAGAUGGGUCCAACAAACCCUGGACUUUCACCUGGGAGCCCGGUGUUCGCUUCCUGUAUGAAUGUAGAGCCAAACCAUGAUGUAUUUCUUUAUAUCUAACCACGUGCUUUGGUUGAUGCCCUGAUGUUGUUAGCAGCGUUCCGAAACAUCAACAGCAGACGCAGGAGGACACCUAGCGCAUAAUAUGUGGAUGUAAAAGUCCAAUGACAAAAUGGUGAUAUGUGACGACUUGGGAUGAGAACAUGUUGGCUUGGCAGGUGUUUCUCGCCAAGGUGUCACCCAGUCUACCAUUCCCUUCACCUCCCAAUGAAAGUCAGCCAUGUACUAUGUCACUUCAAAAAUAUUGAUAUUUUAAGUAUCAAAAUUGCAAAUGUAGCAUGUUUGCUUUUUGCAGAAAUGUACAAUGCCAACAUUUUCUUUCUGCGACUGGUCUGACUGGUGCAUCCAGUGUUUGCUAUGGCCAGUGUGUGUUGCCUUAAGAAAUGUCAUUUUAAUACCAAAAACCAUUCAUCCCAUGUGUAUGCUUACACAGAAUGAUGACAUGUACAUUAUCAGGAGCAAUGACUGAUCUUCCAAACUGCAGGUCUGAAACAUUUUGUUCUUCCAAAGUCAACCGUUGCUUUAAAGUGUUUUUGAACAUUUGUCACCAAGCCUCAGAUUUAACAAACCAUGUACCAGUAGUUUGUAGAAAGUAAGUGUGACACAGGCGUUGUGAUUUCCAUACUCUCUAUACUGUACGGGCCAAUAUCAAUGAAUGUUCACCCUGAGUCAUAGUGUUGAUAUCCAGCAACAAUAAAAACAUGAGAAA